AUGUAUCCGAGAGGCAAAAGCGAGCGGCUGGCGUCCGACUCCCCGAGCUCCCUGUCCCCUCCGAAGCCUGGCCGCACGCCCGUGCCCGUCGUCCGCCUCUGCCCUCCGCCACUCCGCGUCUCCACGUCUCCGCCCCGGCCCCCGGCGCCCUCUCGUGUCUCGUCGACGUCGCCCCCAGCAGCCGGCGCCCCCUCGUCGACCUCGCCACCUCGGGACUCGGCGUUGCCGCGUCGGCGACCCUGCGCGCAGGCUGCGCCGGUGCGCACUCCCCUCCGAACCCUAGCCGCACGCCCGCGCCCGUCGUCCGCCCUCCGCCACUCCGCCCCGGCCCCCGGCGCCCUCUCGUCGACCUCGCCCCGGCGGCCGGCGCGGCGGCGCCCCCUCGUCGACCUCGCCGCCUCGGGCCUCGGCGACCCCCGCGCGGGCCGCGCGCAGGCUGCGCUGCGCCCGCUGCCGGCCGGCCCCUCGGCGACCCCGCGCGGCCGCGCGCAGGCUGCGCCGGUGCGCCCGCUGCCGGCCGGCCCCUCGUCGACCCCGCGCACUCCGCACGCGGCCGCCGUUCUUGCAGCCAGUAGCCCCGUUCAGGAGUGGGUGAGUUGGUGGGCGGGGUUCGAUCUGAACAAGGCUUGGGGUUCUUGCUAG